AUGCCUAUGAUCUCUGCUUCAGAUCCGUUGAUUCCUGAUUUUGCAACUUCUGGGAUAAAUUCUCCUUCAGUAGUGACUAUACCACAUAAUACUCAUCCUAUGCAGACUCAUGCUAACUCGGGUAUUUCCAAGAGGAAAGUGUUCAUGGAAACCUCUCUACCUAGUUCCUCUGUUGAACCUACUUCGUUUAUUGCGGCAUUUAAGUUGUCUCUCUGGAGAGAUGUCAUGGCUGAGGAAUAUGAUGCUUUAAUUCGGCAAAAUACUUGGGUUCUUGCUCCUCUCCUAGCAGGUAAAAUAGCUAUAGGCUGCAAAUGGUUGUAUCGUGUUAAACAUCAUCUCGUUGGAAGUGUUGCUAGACAUAAAGCUAGGUUGGUUACCAAGGGGUUUCAUCAAGAGGCAGUAUUGACUAUGAAGAAACCUUUAGCCCAGUUGUCAAUUGAAACUCACUGUUCGCAUUAUUUUCUCUCUUGCUGCACAGUAUGGCUGGUCUCUCCAUCAAUUGGAUGUUAA